AUGCCUGCUGGUGUUUCAUGGGGACAAUAUAUGAAAUUUCUUUCGGCGGCGAUGCUAUCAAUGAUGGCAGGCUCGCAACUGGUUCAUUUAUACUACAAACCGCUGAAUGACAUAAAUGUCUACAUAGAACGUGAAAUGAAAGCUGCAAAUGCACAAAAUGCAGACGAAAAGCCGCCGGAUGGAAAAAUAUUACCUAGUAAAAGCUAAUUAUUUAUAAGAACUACUAAAAUAUAAUAUGUAAAGCAAAAGAGGACGAAUUUUCUUCUUACAAUUAUUGUUUUGUUCAAAAAUGAACUGUAUUUCUUAACUUAUACUUUAAAAAAGUAGAUUUUCGUUAUAAAGCCACAAAAACUUAU